AUGCCAUCCGAAGAGAUGUUCGACCUCUACAGUGCGCCUGAUGCUCUUGCGAGCAAGAAGAAGGCAAGCAGGCGGCAUCGCGGGAAGUGCAGAAAAGAGCCUCCGGCAAAAAAAAAACCCGCACUGAGGACCCUCCAGCAGUUGGUCCUUCGAAAAAAUACAACACCACCUCCAUCUCCCCUCGAGCAGCAAUCUCCACCUGCACCGGUAGGGUCGACCCCUCCUCCAUCGGCUCCAGUCGAUCAGACACAGCCAGCUGCCCUUGUUCAAACAAGGGAUGACUUAUCAAGCCACGCUCUAAAAUCAUCCAAGGACAAGAUGACAAGGAUCCUGAAGCACGAGCACAGCCGAGAAGCCAUGGCUGGGAUAGAGUCGAUGGAUGUCGACCAGAUCUUGAACCGCGCGCUAAACGAGCUUGCCAGUGCACUUCUGACCAUGAUUGCCGGCUGGCUCCGCUCAGGGGUCAUCACUGAGCAAUCCAAGGCGUCCGAGCAAUGGCACGCUGAGGAGCUUAAGGCCGUUGAAGCAAAAUAUAUAGAGCAGCUUGAGGCAGUUCAGAAGGCAAAUGCGGCAUUGCUCGAGGAAGAAAAUAAACUGGCCGAGGAGAUGAAGCAACAGCAGACUGCUCUAAACAAAGCCCUUGAAGCAAAGGAGAAGUACAAAGAGUCUGACCUCACCAAUUUUAGCGAAGCCAAGAAACUCGAGGCAGACCUGAUCGAGAGCAGGCAAGAGGCUGAUAAGUUGGAGGCUCGCAUCAACGAUCUUGAAAAAACCAACGCUAGCAAUCUGGAGAGGUACAAGGGCGCCACGUCCAAGAGCUUCUAUGAUUUCUGGAAACACAACCAAGGGGCUGAUUUCAGCUAUCUCUCUGAGUGCAUGAGGCAAAUUGAAAUAGCCUGGUGUGUUGCUCGCUUGGAGGAAGAAGAAAGAGCGAAAACCCCAGCCUCGCCCGAGAUCUCUUUGGCCACUGGCGUUGAAGGCGUAAAGAAUGAAGUCGAAGCUGCAGUCAACCAGGAAAAUCCACAAGACCCUCCUGCCUCAUGA